CCCAUAUAGCAUUAAUGGGCGGGGCGUGGCUGUGAGGUUCCUCAGAGGGCAGUCCGUUUGAAACGAGGCGACAGUAGGAACUAAAAGCUGAUAUUUUCCAGUCCUGAACCGACAACGGUCCUCUAAAAACAACUUCAGUCUUAGCAGUAGCAGCCAGUCUUCUCGUGGUUUGGAGGCCGACGCCCAUCUCACUACCUAGAAGCCAUGGCAGAUGAAGCGGACAUGCGCAAUGAGCUGGAAAACCUGCAGGCGAAGGCAGAUCAGAUAGCCGAUGAGUCACUGGAGAGCACUCGGCGUAUGCUGGCCAUGGUGGAGGAGAGUAAAGAUGCUGGUAUCAGGACUUUGGUUAUGCUGGAUGAGCAGGGAGAGCAACUGGAGCGGAUCGAGGAGGGGAUGGACCAGAUCAAUAAGGACAUGAAGGAUGCAGAAAAGAAUUUGAACAAUCUAGGGUCUCUCUGUGGUCUUUGUUCGUGUCCCUGUAACAAGAUAAAGGGGGGAGGGCAGGCGUGGGGGGCCAACCAGGAUGGAGUGGUUAACAGUCAGCCAGGGGCCCGUGUGGUGGACGAACGUGAACAGAUGGCCAUCAGUGGAGGGUUCAUCCGCAGGGUAACUGACGACGCCCGGGAGAAUGAGAUGGAUGAGAACCUGGAGCAGGUGGGCGGGAUCAUCGGUAACCUGCGUCACAUGGCCCUGGACAUGGGCAACGAGAUAGACACCCAGAACCGGCAGAUCGACAGGAUCAUGGACAAGGCUGAUUCCAACAAGACCAGGAUUGACGAGGCCAACCAGCGUGCCACAAAGAUGUUGGGCUAAGCUGCAGCGACAACAUGCUUUCAUCAUGGCCCUUCUCAGACCCGCCCCCCUCCUCCUCUUCUUCCUGUUGUAAAAUGUUGUUCUGUUGUCUUCUAUCUUUGGCUUUUAUUAAAAUGAUAGUCCUGGUUAGUCAUCUCGUCCUCUACCCCCCCCCCCCCCAUUCUGUCUCUCCUAGUUGUUCCUCUACCCUCCAUUCUGUCUCUCCUAGUUGUUCCUCUACCCUCCAUUCUGUCUCUCCUCCUAGUUGUUCGUCUACUUCCCAUUCUGUCUCU